AAAGUGCAAAUGGAGGAGUAUCACAACUUUACGCUUAAAUACUCCUUCUUUGCGCCCCAUACCCCUCUGCCCCCUUCUCUCAUUUCCUCACACCAUCUUCAUUUGCCGCCACACACAUUCCUCCUCCUCCGUCACACCUUCUCCUCCAUCCAGGUUGCGGGAAGAUGGGAGCUGGCGGCCGAACCUCUGUUCCUCCUUCAAACAGGACGGUCGAGGCUGACUACGCCAAGCGAGUUCCGCAUGAAAAACCUCCCUUCAGUCUCAGCCAAGUCAAGAAGGCCAUCCCACCUCACUGUUUUCAGCGUUCUGUUAUCCGCUCAUUCUCCUAUGUUGUCUAUGAUCUCACCAUAGCCUUUUGCCUCUACUAUGCCGCCACCAAUUACUUCCACAAACUCUCUUCUCCUUUAUUUUACUUGGCCUGGCUUCUCUAUGGGGCUGUCCAAGGUUGCAUCCUUACCGGUGUUUGGGUCAUCGCGCACGAAUGUGGCCACCAUGCAUUCAGUGAUUAUCAAUGGCUUGAUGAUACAGUUGGCCUUGUUCUCCACUCUGGCCUCUUGGUCCCUUACUUUUCAUGGAAAUACAGCCACCGUCGCCACCACUCCAACACCGGUUCCCUUGACAGGGAUGAAGUCUUUGUGCCAAAGAAGAAGUCUAGUAUUGCAUGGUGGUCUAAGUACCUUAAUAACCCACUAGGAAGAGUCCUCACACUCACUAUUACCCUCACCCUCGGUUGGCCACUUUACUUGGCUUUUAAUGUCUCGGGAAGGCCUUACGAUAGGUUUGCUUGCCACUAUGACCCAUAUGGUCCAAUCUACUCCGAUCGCGAACGACUUCAAAUAUACAUAUCAGAUGCUGGAGUGCUUGCAGUUUCCUAUGGUCUUAUCCGUCUUGUCAUGGCAAAAGGCCUUGCCUGGGUUGUGGCUGUUUAUGGUGUUCCAUUGCUAGUGGUCAAUGGAUUCUUGGUGUUGAUCACAUAUUUGCAGCACACUCACCCUGCAUUGCCACAUUACGAUUCAUCCGAGUGGGACUGGUUGAGGGGAGCAUUGGCGACCGUGGACAGAGACUAUGGAAUCCUGAACAAGGUCUUCCAUAACAUCACUGACACACAUGUGGCACAUCACUUGUUCUCCACAAUGCCGCAUUACCAUGCAAUGGAGGCUACAAAUGCAAUAAAACCAAUUUUGGGAGAGUAUUAUCGGUUCGAUGGGACUCCAUUUUUCAAGGCAAUGUGGAGAGAGGCGAAAGAGUGUCUCUAUGUUGAGUCGGACCAGGGUGCUCAGAAUAAAGGUGUAUUCUGGUACAACAAUAAGUUGUGAUAACUAGAGCUGCUGUCCAAGUUGUGGUGUGUUUGGUCGGAAAAGUUGUUUAGUUUAAAGUUUCCAUUCUGCCAAUUAGGAUGGUUGAUUAUUGGGAAUAAUUCUAUUGAACCCUGAUAUUGGUAGUUAAAAGUAGUUUUAUAGUUUGCUUGAUUGCAGAAUAAGACAUGGCAUGUGUUAAACAGUUAGAUUAUUGCACAAUGGUUUGAAAUUGGUGCAUGUCAACUGUGUGUAAGUUCUUAUUCUGGUUGAUGCUUGUUCUUAUUUUGUCACUCAUGGCUUUUGAUUCCAAGUCAUUAGUAGUAUAUAUUCUGUGAAUGGUGCAAAAUUAUGGACCACUGUCUGUAACAAUUUGUAUUGGUAUUCUACUGCUAGUUAAAAUUCUUAGGAGAGUAGUGUAGACGUGGAUGGGUAUGUUGAAGAAUCGUAUCAUGGUAAUAAAAUAAUAUAAUGUGCCUUUCACUUUAUCAUUAA